AUGAACAAAUCGCUUGCAAGCAAUAGCAGUGCUGGGCUUGGCAUGCAAGUAGCGGCUUGCCUAUCGCUAUCACUGCUUGAACAGUCGAUUAGAAAUCUUGACGAGGCAGUUGAGUGGGCGGACAAGGGCGCCCAGUAUGCUGCUCAAAUUCAACAGCCAGGAGACAUGCCACGCCAGCUCAUCAUGGCAGAGAAGCGACGAGRGGAUGCGAAAGAGUUGCAGAGCCUGGCGCAGAGUGCCAAAACUCUCAGGGAGCAGCUCAAGAGCACAGCGGGAAGCCAGGCAGUGCAGGACCCGAAUCCUGGAUCAAAGCCUAUCGGAACUGUUUGCCAGGAUGUUCACGACGACAACGCCUCGAGCGACGACACCAGCCAACCAUUCACACCCCCAUCUUCCGGGGCGAAGCCUAUCGGACUUGUGCGGCAGGAUACCCACAACGAUGGCGCAGCGGCAAGCCAGACACCACCGGCCCCAUGGUUUGGGAUGGAUUCCAUCAACCCUUUUCGACCGCACGAUUCACCCAAUCGCAGCAAGGCGACAACUGAGCUAUCUCCAAACCCAUAUAACUCGCCCAUAUCCACCCGCAUCGUCGGCUUCACCGCAGGAGAACAUGUCAUGCAGGCCCUGAACGAUGUCAGGUCUGAAAUUGAAAAGGCUCUGUCCUCUGCCAUUGAUCAUUUGGAGAAGGAAUUCGUCCUACUGCGGCAACAGCCGUCUGCGAAUCAUGUUCCGUCAGACGAGGGCCGCGGACUUUGUCCUUGUUGGGACUGUUAUGCGUUUCGGCUCCACUCGGUUUGUGAAUUCGGUCUUGACAAAAUCGAGCCCUGGAUGUACGAAGUCCAAUGGAAGUCCGAGAUAGUAGACAAUCGCAUGGCGGAUUAG